AUGGCAUCCCUAAACCUCGGAUUUAACGGAGCCCGAAAGAAAGCUGCAGCUAGAAGCGGGGCCGUGGAGAGAAGGAAUUUAAUCACCGUUUGCAGGUUCUCGGUGAAAACACUCAUUGAUCGUUCCUGUUUUGAGACGAUAGAUGACUCAUCCCCGGAAUUUAUCAACUUUGUCUCCAUACUGGAGCAAAUCCUCAGCCAUCGGCUCAAAGGCCAGAUUAGUUGGUUUGGUUAUGAAAGUCCAAGGAGUUUCUGGGACUAUAUUCGUCUGGCCUGCAGUAAAGUUCCUCACAGCUGCAUCCACAGCAUCGAGAAUAUGGAAAACGUACGCAGUUCAAGAGCGAAGGGUCGUGCAUGGAUCAGAGUCGCAUUAAUGGAAAAGCGUCUGUCUGAGUACAUCUCUGCAGCAUUGAGAGAUUUCAAAACAACAAGGAGGUUUUAUGAAGAUGGAGCGAUUGUGUUAGGGGAGGAAGCCGGACUACUGGCAGACACACUCAUAGGACUCAAUGCCAUUGACUUCAGUUUUUGUUUGAAAGGAGAGGUUCUGGAUGGAAGCUUUCCAGCUGUUAUCGACUACACACCUUAUCUCAAAUUCACACAAAGUUCGGACAGUAUCAGCAGUGAUGAGGAGGAGAUGAGGACUCUGGGUAGCAGUGGCAGUGAAGCCAGCACGCCAGAGUCCAACAUGGCUGCCACACUGCUUAACGACCAGACCACCUGGUACAGCAAGUGCAAGAGAGUGGAGCAGAAAUACAGAGUAGUCUUGGAGCAAAAGGGUUAUCUGGAGGAGCUGGUGCGUCUGAGGGAAGCUCAGCUCUCUGAGUCUGUGGCCCAGAAUAAAGCCUUAUUGCAGCGCCUCACAGACACUGAUCUCAACCAUAAAAUGGAGAAAGAGCAACUGGAAUACAUCAUACUGGAACUACAGGACCAACUGACCGUAUUGAAAAACCAUGACUUGAGGUCCAGGCAGGAACUGACAUCUCACCUGACCAAUCAGUGGCCGUCACCGGGUGCCCUUGACACCAAUGCUGUGGCCUUGGAUACGCUGUUAUACAGGAAACGUAACCAACAAUGGGAUGAAAAAAGCUUUCCGAGUCUGGAACAGCUGUCAGCCGAUAUGAGCUUGUCUCAGAUGUCUUUGGACCCUGGUCAAGCGAACACACACAGUCUGGAUGGAAAAUCAGGACUCACACACUGGCACAGGGAAGGUAAAGAGGAUACUCCGUCUCUGAGAGGUCUGUGUGGAUCUUUGACGUCAGUGGCGAGUUAUAAGUCUUUGGCUAGUCUCAAGUCCAGUGAGUGUCUUGCUAGUCCCACCACAGAUAUGACUAGCCCUGGACUCACCCCCUCCUAA